AUGGACAGAAGACUCAAUGUAACUCCAGAAGCCUUGAACCAGCUGUUAAAGGAAUACAACAUGAGCAGACUGGAAUUCAUUGCAGCAUAUGGUCUCAAACCCUUAGUUUAUAUACCAGAGCUUCCAUUCAACGCCAAGGUUAUUUUCCUGAUCUUGUACAUAAUUAUCUUUAUACUUGCUCUGUUUGGCAACAGUCUGGUAGUGUAUAUAAUUAUCAGGAAGAAGACAAUGAGGACAGCAACUAAUAUAUUCAUCUGUUCACUGGCGUGCAGUGACUUGCUGGUAACUUUCUUUUGUAUUCCCUUCACUCUGUUGCAGAACAUUUCGUCAGAGUGGCUAGGAGGACCUUUUGUCUGUAAGAUGGUUCCUUUUAUCCAAACUACAGCAGUGGUGGCCAGCACUCUGACCAUGACAUGUAUUGCAGUGGAAAGAUACCAGGGAAUAGUUCACCCUCUCAAGAUGAAGAGGCAGUACACUAACAGGAGGGCCUACAAGAUGCUUGCAUGUGUUUGGAGCAUAGCUAUUGUUGUAGGCUCUCCAAUGCUUCAUGUACAGACAUUAGAGGUGAAAUAUGACUUGCUGUACAAUCUAUACCACGUGUGCUGCCUGGAGUCCUGGAGUAACGCUGGAUUGCGUAGGGCAUAUGCAAUCUUCAUCCUGGUGGCUCUGUUCCUUGUACCACUUGCUGUCAUGCUGCUACUUUACACACGCAUUGGAUAUGAACUAUGGAUCAAGAAACGCAUUGGAGACGGUUCAGUCCUUAAUACUCUAAGCCGUAAUGAGAUGGCAAAAAUUACACGGAAAAAGAAGCGAGCUGUUAUGAUGAUGGUUAUUGUCGUGCUUUUUUUCACGGCCUGCUGGGCUCCCUUCCAUGUGGUUCACAUCCUCUUUGAAUACAAUGAUUUGGAAGAGGAGUACAACGAUGUAACUGUGAAAAUGAUUGUCGCUGUGGUACAAGCAGUGGGAUUUUUUAAUUCAUUCAAUAACCCAGUGGUUUACACGUUCAUGAAUGAGAACUUUAAAAAGAGUUUAGUUGCAGUACUCUUUUGCCACUUUAGAGCUCAGGACACAGUUGAGAAGAGGGAUAGUCAGCAAUCAGAAAGACCCAAAGUAGGAAUUACCUCUGGAAGGAAAGAUGGGCGCAUUGCACACAGUCAACUUAGUGCAGAGAACCUGGAACUCCGACUUUGUGAACAAUUUCCAGCUGUUAAAUUGGACUCGGUCAUGUAUCCACUGGUGAACUCACGCAAAGAUAUGCUUCCCAAUGGACAGUCAGCAUGA